AUGCCUUUACAUUGUUGCGUGCCCCUCUGCAAGCAGAGAGGUGUAAAAGAUAAUAACGGAAACAAGGUAUCAUUUUUUGCUUUCCCGAAAGAGCCGACUGUGCGCAAGAAAUGGGUGAUUGCCAUUAAACGGGACGAAGGCAAACUAUUCACCAUCACAAAAUACACAAAGGUGUGUUCACUACAUUUUCAAGAGAAGGAUUAUCUCAUCAAUAUCGCCUCAGGUUUCCGUUUCUUGAAGGAAAGAGUCGCACCGAGCGUGUUUGGAUUUAACGCCGCCAAGAAGCCUCCUAGGAGAGCGCCCCUUCAAAGAGUGCAAGCUACGAGCAAGCUGACCGCUGCUGACGAAGACGCAACAGAUUCAUAUUAA